AUGAGGGAGGAUAUGAAGUUUCAUUACCUCAUGGAUGCACUGGAGAUUGCUACCUACCUCUGCUAUAUAAUCGACAAUCCACACACAGAAGCUAAGGGAGGCUCUCAUCUCCCAUCCCUCCCUAUCAUCCCAAAACGUCUCCAGCGCUUGAUUUUCGAUGAGGGGAUCGGUGGUAGGAAGCCCACGCAGUUUUUUAGACGCCUGAAGCAACUAGCUGAUGAAAAAAAGCUGGACAACACCAUGUUCAAGCGGCUACCCUCCUCAGUUCAAGCUAUCCAUGUUCAUAAUAUCCCUUCCCCGAUUUGUUCAAAUGCUCGUCGGGACUGCUGA